GCCCACAACAAGAGAAUUCAAUGCGGAAGUGAGAGUGAGUCUCGACCAUGGAGCAGGGGCUGGUGUGUUUCUCAGCGUAGAGACAGAAAUACACGAUUAUAUUAGAGACAAAGACACAAUGUCCCAUCGACAAUAUGCCUGAAUGUGUGACCAUUAAAUAUAAAUGAGAAACUGCCUCUGAACGGGAUGGAUAUCUUCAUAAACGAGGGAGGCUCCUACACGGAUAAUCUCAUCGGGACCUUACUCGCUAUUUUUGGAAACGUGCUCGUCAGCAUCUCCUUAAGUAUUCAGAAAUACAGCCAUGUGACAUUAGCUGGGACGAAGGACCCGCGGACCUUCUACCGCACUAAGACCUGGUGGUGUGGGUUUGUGCUGACAUGUCUCGGGGAGGGAGCAAACUUUGUCUCUUACGCCUUUGCCCCCCUGGCUCUCAUCGCACCUCUUAACGCUGUGUCAGUUCUGACCAGCUCCAUUUUGGGGCUUAUUUUUCUGCGAGAGAAAUCGAAGCCAAGCGACAUUGCAAAGCGUUAUGCGCUGUCCUUCCUGGGCUGCAUCCUAACCAUAGGAGGAACAUACCUCUUUGUGGCAUUUGGACCAAACUCUCAUGAAAAACUCAACGCAGAGAACAUCGUGAGGCACCUUGUAGGGUGGCCCGUUCUCUUGUAUCUGCUCCUGGAGAUUAUCACGUUCUGCCUGCUCCUUUACUUCUACAAGCAGCGCAGCGCUAACUAUGCCGUUGUUAUUCUGCUGCUGGUCGCCCUACUGGGCUCCGUCACGGUCAUAACGGUGAAGGCGGUGUCGGGCAUGUUGGUGCUCACGGCCGAGGGCACCAUGCAGCUUGACAACCCGAUCUUCAGUGUCAUGUUUGUGUGCAUGGUGGCGUCAGUGGUCUUCCAGGCCAGAUUUCUCUCCCAGGCUUGUAGGCUGCACGACUCUUCUCUGAUUGCCAGUGUCAACUACAUCCUCUCAACCUCCUUGGCUAUUGUAGCAGGUGCCGUGUUCUACUUUGAAUUUAAGAACGAAGACGUCCUGCACAUCUGCAUGUUUCUGUUGGGAUCAGUGUUUUGUUUCCUGGGGGUCUUCCUCAUCACCAAAAACAGGAAAAAGACCAAAACCUUUGAGCCGUACGUCACUAUGGACAUGACCAAUGGUGUCCCGACUAUUCAUGACAAAGGCCUGAGUAGUCAGCCAGAGUUCACUGGUUCUUUCACCUACGGGGCUCUGGUCAACAACGAUGGAGUGCCUCCUGCGACUCUGCCGGUCGCCAACCUGGAGCAGCCGCCAGUCGGCUUUGGACCCGCCAAUGCAUCGCUUUAUCCUGAACUGAAGAAAGAAUAGGACCAAAGUUUUCUUCUUUCCCUUUACUCCAAAACACCUUCAGGGACUUUGAAGACCACGUGGGUUACAGUCGGCUCUUUCCCCAAAAAUCACGAGCCCAGGAAGUGUCCACUGGGUGUUUUUAACGUUCCCUCAUCACUGGGCACUCCUCUCCCCGAUCUUUCCAUUUUUAAAUCUCUAAACCAAAACGUGACCUUAAGAAGCUUUUCUUUUUUUUCCCCAAGAAGAAGACGACUGUAUUAAUUACAAAAAUUAAGAGAAGAAACUCGAAGCUCCUGGAUGUUUUAGAAACAUGACGGCAGAGAGAGAGUUUCACCUUGAAGUUUACUACCUUUUAUCGUGCAUUACCAUUGAUAUUUACUCAAAAGACUCACUUCCACAACUGUUUUGUUGCAGUUUUGUUCUCAUGUACUUGUUAAUGAGGACAUACUGGGGACCAUGCAGUAAUCUGUUCUUCCAUUGAGGACUGAGGUUCCUCCCUGAUUUCCAGGUUCCUAGAACCUUGUAAUGUAGCUGCAGACUUUCAGAAUAUUUGCCAAUGAACAUUUUGACUUUUAAUGUCUGCCUCUGUCUGUCUGUCUGUCUGUCUGUCUUAUUUGAGCGGUUUUCUCUCCUCACUUUUUUCUCGUUCGAGGGAUUUUAAUUGUUCUACUUUUCCUAAUGUUACCAAACAACGGGUGCAAUUCUUUUAACUUAUUGUAUUUAUUAUUUUUUCUUUUAAUGUGCCUUGAAAAGUAGCUUUACACUGGACAUUACUGUAAGGUGGUAUUCAACAUAAACCAUGUAGGUGGGUGAUUCUUCACUGUGGCUGAUCAGUUAUUCUAAAGCAACUAUAACAUGUCGGUGUCUGUCAGAAUAAAAAUAAACAUCUGAAACCUU